GUAAAACGAGAUGGAUAAGGAAGCUUUGCAGUGAGGCUGUGGCCCAUUAUCACCUGAACUUGUUGCCUGAGCCAGGAAGCACAACACUAAACAAGCUUCCAGUCCUGAGUGGAAAUCCCAGGUUGAGAAAAACAUUGCAGAUGGGCACAGCAAGGCAUGACCGAGAGAUGGCAAUCAAUGCAAAAAAAAGCCUGCCCACAAUCACCAACCCUUUAGAAAGACUUCGCCUGCACUGUUUAGCAAGGGGAUCUGCAGGCAUCAAAGGACUUGGCAGAGCAUUUAGGAUUAUUGAUGAUAACAAUAGCAGAACCCUUGAUUUCAAUGAGUUUCUGAGAGGACUGCAUAAUUAUGCUGUGAUGAUCAAUAAAGAAGAAGCUCAGGAGCUUUUCCAGAUAUUUGAUAAAGACGGCAGUGGAACAAUUGAUUUUGAUGAAUUUCUUGCUACACUGAGACCUCCCAUGUCCAAUGCAAGAAAAGAGAUUGUCAUGCAGGCAUUUCAGAAGUUAGACAAGACUGGAGAUGGUGUCAUAACAAUUGAAGACUUACGUGGGAUGUAUAAUGCAAAAUAUCAUCCCAAAUACCUAAAUGGAGACUGGACAGAAGAUCAAGUUUUUAGAGCCUUUCUGGAUAGUUUUGAUUCACCCUAUGACAAAGAUGGGAAGGUCACAAAAGAAGAAUUCAUGAACUACUACGCUGGAGUCAGUGCUUCAAUAGACACAGAUGUCUACUUUAUCAUCAUGAUGAAGAAUGCUUGGAAACUCUAAUCAUAUAGUUAAAGGGGCAAUACUCCUCUUCCAUCUUUUAUAGGUUCCUCUGAUAAAGUGUAUGCACAACAACAACCUCCUGUUCCAUAACAGCAGUUUCCAGUAACUGUGCCAAUUACUUUCAAUCUGCAGAAUUAAUUCCCAGAUGAUUCAGUAGGCUCAGCCUCAGGGGAUCAGAGCAGAGAGUAGAUCUGGCAUUUGGCCACCCCACACAUCUGUCCUUUUUCUCUUUCCAUCCCUGGCAUGGUUUUUUUCUGAGAUUAGCUGUUCUUUUAUUUUCUGACAUCUGCAGCAGGUCACUGUGGCUCCUAAACAUCCCCUUUGCAAUGUUAAAUCAGUUCUGCUUCACAGAGCAUGGAAGAGAUGGUGUCCUGGUUUAGGGUAAAUUUGGGAGAAAACCUCCUCAGAGGGCCCCUCCCCCUGUUGUCAUUAUAGAGCAAGAUUUCUAUUGUCAUUACAUUGCAAGGGUUCCAUAUUGCCAGAGUUUCAUACCUCCUUGAUGUUUCUUGUAGGCAGCCCCUCUAGGCACUAACUCUUCCUUGUUCUCACAGCAGCCAGUUGACUCCAGUUCCCCUCACAAACCAAUCCACACUUUUAUAACACACUUCUUAUUGGCUACAGCUGUGGCCUGUUAAAAUCAGGCCUGCUCCUAACUAAUCUUUAAUAAUUCACCCAGCUGCAACUCUUUAGGGGGUAAGAUUACCUUCCACACCACCUUCCACACCUACCUAUAUUCCAUCCCCCCAACCGGUUUGGGAAGGAUUCUUCGGAGAGAAGUGGAAAGAACCUGUUCAUUUAAUUGGCACAGCACUCCCCAGCACACAAAAUGAACAAUACCAGAUGACAAAACUCUUUCACCGCUCUGAAAAAGAUGACAAAUUCAGAAAGUCUCUCUUGGGGUUGGUUGCUCUGUUCUCAGUCCCUCUGGUGCUGGGGCAGCUGCUGCAGCCACAAGGUGCAAACUCUUGGUGUUCCCAGGUCCCAGUCCAGAGCAGGCUUGAGGGGUUCCAAAAAAGGGAAAGGAAAAACAGUCCAGGGAAAAACUCAGCCUGCUUAGCUAAACUAAUUAAUGAGCAGAAACAAAAGCAAGAGCAAAAAGCCAAAGCUGCCCUAUGUACUGCCCCAUCUCUGUCCCCCCGACUGCGGGGAGAAGCAGGCGGAUAACAAAGCAAAACUUCACUUUUCAGAGCCAGUCUUGAAGGCACAGAACAUAGUAUCCAGCAUCAACAGAACAAUGACUGGGGAUACAAGCAUCAUAACACCACCCUAGGAGAGAUGGAAAUCAAAAUAUUCUGAGGUGUGGUGGUCUUGGACAGGCUGUUAUAAAUGGAAGGAAGUCUGUCCCAAGAGGGUCAUGCAGACCUUUUCACCUGUGGCACUGCAGUAUCUCUUGGCUUUGUGCGUCUCACUGGUGUGACAGAGCAGCUGCUGGUCUGGCUGCUGGGAACAUGUGAGUUCCCAGUACCGGGAGGCUGGAGGGGCAGUCAAAGAUGGGGAGACAUGGACCACGAUAAAUGCAAAAGGUUUCUAAAGGCCUGUUUUUUAUCCUUUCUCAGGAUCAUUUUGAUUAUGAGAUCAUUUUACUUCUAUUUUUCUUCAAAGGGGAUAUAUGUGUUACAGUAUUUUUUUCUCUGUGUUCCUAGAAUGUUUGCUGACCUGGUAGUUGUUGCCUAUACAGACCUACACUGAAAGUUGUUUACUACUUACUUGUAUUUGCAAUGACCAAGAUAUGACAUCAAAGAGCUUUCCAAAAACAAAGAACUCAUAACUUUCUUAUCUUGUUGUCUUCUGUUUCGGAUGCUGAAUAAAGACUGGGAACCUACCUUUCUUGUCACAUC